GCUCAGCAAACAGGUGUGGGGACAUACAAAUGCACAGACAGACUCUGGGCUCAUUGUUCAAACGGGAUACACCUAUUUUCCGAGGUAGCUUCUCGUCCGCGUGCAUAUCUUAAUAUCUCUCACUCAAGGGGGAAAUUAGAAAUUAGAACCGUAACGGAUUUGGAAAUCGUUAAUUUUGACGCCCACUCUUUCGAUUUGAAGGAGCUGGGAGUAGGUUUUUUUCCGAAAAAGAGAGAAGGAGACAGAGGCAGACAUGUCAACGAAGAAGCAGAACGUGGAUUUAUCAAAAAGGAGCACCGAGCUGUCCGAAGGGGAAACGUUUGGUGAAUUUCAGGACUGGUGUCUCCGUACUUACGGAGACUCGGGUAAAACCAAGACUGUCACCCGGCGUAAAUACAAUAAAAUUCUUCAGACGCUCUUACAAAGUGAGGACGCGGAUGCCUACAUGGACAGUAACCACAUCAACGCCAAAUUUAAGUUCUGGGUGAAAUCCAAAGGUUUCCAAGUCGGAAACUGUAACGGACAACAAGAUAAGAACGGAACGUCGGACAGACCUGUUCUCUACGUCCCCAUCAAGGCAGCGCAGUGUGUGGAUGGCACCUCUGGGCAGGACGGCUCCUUUCUGAAGAGAGUGGCCGUGGUGGAGGACUUCUAUGACAUCAUCUACGCCAUGCAUGUAGAGAUCAGCACUGACCCAGCCAAAGCCCCCAAGCAUGCUGGCCAGAAGAAAACCUAUAAAGCGAUAGCGGAGACGUAUGCGUUUCUGCCCAGAGAGGCAGUGACCCGAUUCCUGAUGAGCUGCGGCGAGUGCCAGAAGAGAAUGCAUGUCAGCUGGAGUGGGACGGACAGCAGGGAGAGCGAGCGGCCGGCCUCCCUGGUCCCUGCCCUCAUCGACUACAACAUGCCGCUGACCACCACCUACCUGAAACAGAUGAAGCUACGGUGCCUGACCAACGGCGACCAGGAUGAGAGUUCGGUGAGCAGCGAGGAGUUUGAUAUGAGUGACCCCACAUGGAUUUCAGCUGAGCAUCACAACGCACAGUCUGAUCUGAACCCUCCAAUCAGCACAGAGAGAAUGCACAGCCCCCAAAACACCCAUAAGGAGGAGGACGAUGACUCAUCCUCGGAAAGUGGGAGUGGCAACGGAGCCCACAGCAUGACUCCGCCGUCUAUGGGCGUGGUUGCUAUAAGUGACAGUGCAGGGACUGGACCGGGGACGGGGCCGUACAGUCAGGUAAACGGGAACGGGACAGGCGUGCCACUAGACUUCAGCACAACCUCCUCCUCAUCCUCAGAGGAGCGGCAGCCGAUGCACCUGAGAGAGCGACAGGGCCAGGCGCCGCCCACAGCCUCCACCAUGCUAGGCACCUUUAACCCGGAGCACUCGGAGGAGCUGCGCAGGAAGUACCCCAGAGCCCCGCUGGCCUCAGAGCUCCGCCUCGAACGAGACAUCAGGGAGUACGCUAACAAGUCUCCUCAAUAUGGUGCAGGGACCUAUGACUCCAUAAAAAUGGAGAUGUGUGCAGAGGACCUAACGGUCAGUCGUUCUCAGGCUGCCGACGACGACGACGACGAUCAUGACGACCACGACGACAGUGACAAGAUCAAUGACACAGAGGGAGUGGAUCCCGAGAGGCUGAAGGCCUUUAAUAUGUUUGUGCGCCUGUUUGUUGAUGAGAACCUGGACCGCAUGGUCCCCAUCUCCAAGCAGCCGAAAGAGAAGAUCCAGGCCAUCAUCGAGUCGUGCAGCCGUCAGUUCCCAGAGUUCCAGGAGCGCGCACGCAAACGCAUACGCACCUACCUCAAAUCCUGCCGCCGGAUGAAGAAAAAUGGCAUGGAGACUCGGCCCACGCCGCCCCACCUGACCUCAGCCAUGGCGGAGAACAUUCUGGCGGCCGCCUGCGAGAGCGAAACGCGGAACGCUGCCAAGAGGAUGCGCAUGGACGUUUACCAAACACACGAGGAUCAGAUCGCCCUGGACAAGGCAGCGUCACGUGAGCCUGUACCCCUGCCCCCCUCCGCGUACCCUCUGGCCGCGUCAGCCUACUCCCAGGAUCAGUUGUACAUCAACGGCGGGCUCAGCUACACCUACCGCGCGUACAGUGGCCUGGGGGGUGGUGUUCAGCACCCUAUCCCCCUCACUACCAACACCGCCCAGAGCAAUGGGCCUACCGAUCUCAGUAUGAAGUCUCUGACUUCAAACUCCUCGACGUCAAGCACCAGUAGUCUUGGGCGGAGCGGAGGAGGAGGAGGAGGAGGGGCCUCGGCUCAGCUUAGCCAUACAGAAGUGGCGGCCGUGCGUCAGCUGAUCGCCGGGUACCGCGAGUCGGCGGCCUUCCUGCUCCGCUCAGCAGACGAGCUGGAGAACCUCAUACUACAACAGAACUGAACUGCACACUCUCCCUCUCCUCUCAUUCCGUCUCUCUCUCUUUCUCUCUCUGUCUCUCUCCCUUUAUCUUUCUGCCUCUCUCACCCAAUCAGCCAAUGUCCUUAUUUGUUAACCCUGUCACCCCUAAAGUCGUCGUCACUCAUCUUCCUCGUCCUCAGAGGCCUGUGGACCUCGGGAGAGACAUCGGGAGAUAUCAGGAGAAAGAUAUUGAUCGGCCCGCCGUCGCCCUGUCACUUUCAGAUAGCCUUGCUGGGAAGAACGGAAGCCAGAAAAGCGUAGAGAAGAGAAGGAUAGGAGAGCAGAGAAAGUCAGGGAGGGGCUGAGGUGCACCUGAGAGGCAGCGAGCACCCUGUCUCUCUGCACCCUGUCCCUCUGCACCGUCCAGCUGUGCUGUCCCUGUCCACGCUCUCGCUCGCCCUGUGAACCGUGCACUUCUCCACCCUCCCAUGCACCCCUGGGCUUACUAACUAAAACACUUUCUUUAAUCACCUAUUCUUUCCUUUCCCUGCUUUUGAGAGCCGUCGGCUGGUUUUCCUUUGUUCUUAACCUACCUAAACGGAUGCGCUAUGCUACGCCUGUAACCCGGUUUAGCAUUAACUAAACGAAGACACUGUCGCGUCGAGGCUAAGGAAUAACCCCGAAAAAGGGAAAACGGAAUGAAACGAAACAAAAUAGACCUUUGCAUUCGCUGUAAAUAAAUGCUCUGUGUUCUGAAGCACUUUUUUCCCCACUCGCUCUGACCUCUCCUCCCUAACGACUUUUUUGCUGUGGGGAGAAAAUUGUGUAACUUAUGCAUAUGAAUACAGGUGUUGCUCACCUGGAAAUACCUCAGCCUGUGUCACCCGCCCCUCUGUGUCCCAGCCCUCGAUCUCGUGUCUGGGGGAGUAGAAGCACUCCUUCUCCACUACCUUAUGUGUCCACUGCCUCUCCAAGACCUGAAAGGGGCAGUGCACACAGGGAGUGAGAGUUGUUUGUUUCUGUACUUAUUUAAUUGAAAGUUUUUGUUUUGUUUUUGCUUCUUUAAUGUGAUGUACAUAUUCAAAUCCAUCUGAAAGUAUUAAUUACAGAAAUACACUGGAAUUAAACUGGAACUGAAGGAUUAGACAUAAUGAAGUGUUUAGAUGAGGUAAAGAUCUCUGCUUUCAUGAUGAUAGGUCUUUUUUGGGCCUCCUCACUUGCCGUAGCCCUUCUCAAGGCAUUUCAUCUUUGGACGCCAACUCUCCACUUCCGUCCUACGGGUCACCCUUUCAGUCUUUCUUGUUUUUAAUGCCCUUCUGUCUCAACUUCUCCUCCACCCAUCUCCUCUCUUCUGCGCUCAGCAGUGGAGGGAGGGAUAGAGAGGGAUGGAGGGAGGAUCUGUUAGUCGUUUUAUCUGUUGUCUCUUCUUAAAGGCCAUUAAUCCUCUCUGCUGCUAAGGACUUGGACUUUACGCCACAGACCUGAAACCUCAAGCCUCCUACACAACCAGAGCACCUCAAGAUGAAAAAAAAACAAAAAAAACAACCAACGAAAACGCAAAAAAAAAAAGAAAGAAAAAAAUCAAGAACCCGAACUGGACAACGGAUGUGUACUGAGAGAAAAAAUACUGCCAUCCCGGUUUCUCGCCGAUUUUGCAUCUCGUUGGUCACGUCUGUUUAUCUCUGAGGGCUGUGUUUGCUUUUUGCGCUCACAUUUUCUACCUUUUGGUUUAUCAUCACGUUCAAGUGCUUCAGUGUGUGCGUGGCUCCACAGAUCAGUAGGGAUCCACUUCCCUAUCUAACAGCACAGGAGCUUUCCACUCACCUGUGCACGCACAUCCUGGAGGGGAGGGGGGGUGCUCCCAUGCCACCCGCGCAGCCUCUGGAGAACUGAAUCUUUGGAGGGAGAGAACCGAGCUUGCGAGCGGUUGUAGUUAGCGAGGCAGGCCUGCGCGGGGGGGCUGACCGACUAGUGUCACUGUAACUUGCUCCUCUUUGCACACUGAGGCAGUGCUGGCCACGAUACCGUGGAGCUCCGUGUCCAUGCUCGAGGCUCGCACUGCCAGUGAGGGACGAGGAAGAGUAUCGCAAUGCAAAAGAUAAUCAGAAGCAUUCCUGGUCUUGAUGGAGAGAGACAGAUGCGGUGAGGCUACCAGGACUGAACGCGGGGCAUCACGGCGCUUCACCCAAGCAGCGGCUUACUGCUAAGGGGAGUCUUUCGGAAUGUCAGUGCGCUGUCUGUCUUGAAGGAAAGUGUGUGUAGGUGCAGGAGUAGAAAUAGCACCCCCUGGUGGUAGUCAAGGACAGUGACGUUCUAAAGGCAGUGAAACACAAAAUAAAUCUUCACUUGACUAUGUACAGCAUCUAUACUGAAGUUAACACUUCACUAGCCAUACACCACGCACUGUGCAUCUCUAUACUGAGGUCUUCCUCAUUGCCGAAAUGCAGUAUGUGUUUAGCCACUGAAUUGUCACUCUAUACAUAUUGUAUAUAGUUGAGUGAGGUUUGUUUUGCCUUGUUUUCUGAGGGUGAGACAACACGGUGGUGUUGUCACAGCACAUCCAAUUGUGUGCAGUUUUAACCCCCUACGGUGAAUCCAGACAACGACAUGAAGCGUGUAUUGUCCUUUUCUGUGUGGUCUUGUUAGGUCUGCACAUUUGAGCUCUCUCGGUGAAUUACUGGCUGAACAGAAACAUUGUUGGUAGUGACAGUAACAAGGAUGAAGAAAUAUGCAAAAUGACCAGUCCUCUCCUCACUGUGCUCUCUGAUUAUGGCUGCUGGGUUUGCUUUAAGUCCCGUUCUCACUCUAGCGGCUCUAUCCCUCUCGCUCUAAUCUUGACAUCUCGCUUUCUUUUCACCAUCACAUGCUAACAUUUCACGAAGGCACCGUUUAAAUCAUUCACUUUCGAAGAAAAAAAAAGACUAGCACUCGAGAAACAACAACAGUAUUGUCAUUUACCGUCUUUAAUUGUUCACUGGCUUCUUCUCAAAUGAAAGGACAUGGUGCUUUGUGUUCCAAUGGCACCAUUGCUAGUAUUUUGUAAGAAUACUUCCCACAACGGACCAUUUGUCAAUCAUUUUUGCUCCUCCCCGCCGAAAUCCCCUCUCGGUACUUGUCCCGUCAGCAGUAGAGGUUGACAGACGAAGGGCAGGCGUGAGGGGCCAGGUCUUGCCCUCCACCCAGCCUUUGUUCUCUCCCUGCUCUGGCUCCGAGCGAUGGAGGGAGGCCUUCUGCUGCUUGUCACACCGUCUCACAACCGCUGCUGUACACUAACCUCACAUGCCACUGAGCUCUGCUACGCUCGCAUGAAGUCUGAGAUCGACAGUUAAGCAUUUGUAAUAUAGGCAAGGAACUGCUGACGUUAUAUGCGUUAUUUGAGGUUGUGAGAUUCUUAAAGGGGGGGGGGGGGGUAAGCUCUUGCUGAAAACUUUUGAACCCCUUCUUUGCUCCUCUGGGGACGGCUCUCUCCAGCUCCCUUACGGACAGCCACUUUACGGAUACAAACUGUAAAACAAGGCAGACGACAAUCUUGGAAAAGGUGUAAUUAAUUCUCCAUUUGGUUCCCCUUCUCUGUGUUCUCCGUGUGCAGCUAUUGUUUACAGUGCGUAUGGGAGAGUGUGGGGUAUUUUAGCCAUAAUCGGAGCAUCUCUCUGACGUUUCACAUGUCUGGCCCUUCUCACUACCUGCGGAGGACUCCUGGUGGCCCACUGUCAACACCUUUUUAUCUGAUUUAUAUUUUUAUUAUAAUUAUCACUAUUACAGUUAUUAUUUUUUAAUUCUUUUUGUAUUACGAGUGGUCUUUUCAGAACUAUUUUGUACAACACCAACAUCACAAGUGAAGUUAUCCUGUAUGCCUAUACAUUCCAAGGAAGGAUGUCAGUAUGUGAAGCAGUCAACCGGACCAAAGUCACCAACCGCUACAGGUAUAUAUAAAGGACAGCCUGCUUAAGUCACCUUUACAGCUCAACGCCCUAAUCAGGAAUCACUGAAACUAGAGAGUUUCAAACAACACCACCACCACCCUCAACAUCACUACAAUCCUACACCCAAUAAAUAUAUAUGUACAAAUUUUGAGCUACAACUGGGGGAGUUGGGGGGGACUGUUUUUGAUAUUUCUGAUAAAGGCUUUAGUAACGUAAAACCCUACAAAAGCAAAGUGCAUUUACUUUAGCAUUAGUGAUAUAUUGCCAACAAAGUGUUUUUUCAAACUACAUGGUUACUACAUGGUAAUUAUGCCAUGUUAAUCUCCUUGUAAAUAAUACUAGAGCGCCACCAUUAUAACUCCUAUUGUUCAUAUUCUAUCCAGUAAUUCCUGCGAUGCUUUGUUUGAGAGGGAAAGUAUAUGCACUUUGCCUUUGAGAAGCUAAACAUUUUGUCAUUAGUACUCAUACCAUUUAUUUAAGUUCUAGACGUCCAUUGUGGGUAUACAUGCAAAAAGACCCUAACCUGUGCAUAUGUAAAGGUAGUGAUGGACUCGUCAGAGUGGGCAGUCAGGGACGCAAGGGUGUGUUUGUAAUAACUGGAAAAUUACCACACACCGCCAGAUCUUAUCGCAGUGCGGGCUGUCUUCUUGUCAAGUGACCUCUUAAAGGAACAAUGUCUUGUCAUGUACAGUGUCCGCUCACACACACACACACACACACACACACGCACACACAUUAUUUUCUUUUGGUUCAGACUGUGUAUUCAGGUGUGACUCUGGUUACGGUAGCUGCUAAACUACACACACUUAAAAAUGGUCUGUUUUGGCCAGAUGUAUAGCUCAGCAAAAAUGUAAGGAGAAAAAAAAUGACAUUUUUUAUUUUUCUACCACAAUGUUGUAUAGCUACAGUGAAAACAUCCGGUGUCCCUCCGUAGUCUGUCCUACAGAAUUCAGCGGUGCUUCAGAGCCCUUUGUUUUAACUUGGUUUGUUUUUCCUGCUUUACUGUAUCAGAAGCUACUGAAUUCAGCUCUGCGUUAGAUAUGUACCUUAUACCAUUGGGAAACACUCUCUCUUUCCUCUUCAUUUUGGACUCAGUGGAAGUGUGAUGUUUACAUGUACAGAUUUUUGAAAUUCACUUUUUUCACCCUUGUUUUCUCAUGGUUUUGUUUGAUUGAAGGCAGUUGUUUCUGUUUGGCCUGUUCCUGUUCCCAUCCAUUCGCUUAAUUUAAUUGGAUUCCUUGUUUAUUAAGGGGAAAUGGGACUGUCUGAAUAUGGUUCACAUUAACUUCAACAGUGCUUAUCUAGGAGAUUCCUGUCCUUGCCUCGAGACGACCUUUAUCCCUCUCAAACUGCUGACAGCAGAAAGACAAAAUGAAGGCUCAUAGUAAAACGAUCCUCUGUCCCAACUACCUGCCAGUACAUGGCAGGCUGUUCCUUUGUGAUUAAAAGCCAUUUACAUGCCCUUCACUGGGCCGAUGUCAAGUAUUAAAUUACAACGACAGACUAAAAACCUCAGGUAAAUGACUACUAUUUAUGUAAUUAUAUGACUUACUGGCAGCCCAUUUCCCUCUUUAAUACCCCAUAAAUUAUAUUAAAUAAUUAUUCUUUUUUAUAUUUAUUGUGUUCGAUAUAACAGUGGAUAAUUUUCCCAGUACAUGUGGCUAAAUAUUUUAAUUCUUUAGAAAAGUGUUGACAAAUAUAUAUGUGAAGAAAAUGAACGAUUAAAAAAGGACAAAAAAAUCUCUUUCUGUUUGUUUAAUGCGAAACAGCAUGGGCGGCUGCUAACAUAUCACUUUGAUUAAUGAAAACCAAGGAUUUGAAAUGAUGCUUUCUCCAGUGGGAUGUUACUGCUGAGGUAAAAUGUCUUCAGACAUGACAUUGUUUUUUUGUUUGGUUUUUUUUGUUGUUUUUUUUUCCUCCCAAGCUGUACGUCACAAAGCUAAAUAUGCUAAUAAAAUCGUGUGCUAUAUAUCAAAUGGA